GUGAGUUUGAGCCGCUCUUCGUCUAUCUCUGAAUCUGCCCCCCUGUGUCUCUCUGAAUUCUCUUCUUCGACAAGUCUCAAGAGCCAAAAAUGUCGUCGUCUUCUUCAAUCUCAUCGUCGUUUAGAUUAUUCACAGCCAAACUCCCAAGCUCCAUUAUAAAUCCAAAAGCCCUCUUAGCCUCAUGGCCAAAACACCCAAACCUCUCUUUCUUCAAAAGGUCCAUCACUUUCCAAAGAAUACCAACCAUAUCCUCAUCGAAAUCACCAUCUGCAUCAGCUGCAUCUUCGGCUUCAAGCUCGAUGUCUCUGCAAUCCAUUGAAGAGCUCCCACCAAAGCUUCAAGAGAUAGUAAAGCUCUUCCAGUCCGUACAGGUAUCGAAGGCCAAGUACGAGCAGCUCUUGUUCUACGGCAAGAACCUCAAGCCUUUAGAUGACCAAUUCAAAACGAAGCAAAACAAGGUCGAGGGUUGUGUCUCUCAGGUCUGGGUCAGGGCCUACCUUGACUCGGACAAGAACGUAUAUUUCGAGGCCGAUUCCGACUCGGUACUCACCAAGGGACUCGCUGCUCUGCUCGUCAAUGGCCUCUCUGGUCGCCCAGUCGAUGAGGUUUUGCGGGUCUCGCCUGAUUUCGCGGUCCUUCUGGGGCUUCAGCAGAGCUUAACGCCUUCGAGGAAUAAUGGGUUUUUGAAUAUGUUGAAGUUGAUGCAGAAAAAGGCUUAUGAAUUGCUCGUGGAAGAAGAAAAUGGAGUAAGUAGCUCAAAUUCGGGGGCAAAAAGUGAAAAUAGUGUUAAAAAAGUAGAAUUUGGAUUGAAUUCUGAGAUGGGUGGUGAAAAUAAUUCGACUUUGGGUUCGAAAGUUGAUGGUGGUAUUGAGGGUUUGGAUGUUGGAUUAGGUUCUAAAGAAGAUAUUAAGCAAUUGGAACUAGUUGCAAGUGUUACGAAUGAAGAUGAGUCGAAUUCGGGCGAUUUGGGGAGCAGAGGGAAGAGAAUUAAGGAGAGAUUGGAAAGAGGGCUUUGUCCUAUUGAAUUGGAAGUAGAAGAUAUCUCUUACCAGCAUGCCGGACACGCCGGUGUUAGAGGAAGUGAUGGUGAGACACAUUUCAAUGUGAAAGUUGUGUCUAAAGAGUUUGAAGGGAAGAGUUUAGUUAAGAGGCAUAGGCUCAUUUAUGGUUUGUUGCAAGAAGAGUUGCAGAGUGGACUACAUGCAUUGUCGAUAGUGGCCAAAACACCAUCUGAAUUGAGUGGAAAGUGAAGGAGCUGCUCUGAGUUCCUCAUGAAAAGAGGACACUGUGGACAUAGGGACUAUCCAGAAAUGUACCCCCUACAAAUACAAUCCUGGAGCUGGAUUCCCUUGUUAUCUUGGUUCAUUCUCUAGAUUUCUCUAAGAACUUUGGACCUAUCAAUGCUUUUUAUAUGAAUUCUUUUGAUUAAGUAAAUAAAUUAAAGUGGUAGUGCCAUGCCGGAACACCAUAUGGGGAUAAUGUUAAGUUUUUAAAUAAGGGAAAAAUUAGGUGGAAAUCACUGCAGGAUCCUAAUUGAAUCUCCAUACAUCCUUUGCUAACCUUUUCCACAAGCAGAACUGUAGUGCUUCCUAUCCCUCGAAUAGAGUUCCUAUUCAGUGGACACAACCGUGACUUCCCCCCUUCUCUU